AUGCUAUUAUGUGUAGGUCCAGAAGGAACUGGGAAAACUCUGCUGCUUCGAAAACUUGCUCACUUAACCAAGCCUGAUAUUUCUUUAACUACAGUACCUACUGUGGGGUUGAACAUUGUCACAAUUCAGCAGGAACCAGAAUUGCCUCCUAUUAACAUACGUGAACUUGGGGGUAGUAUGGCCCCAAUCUGGCACAGCUACUACACGGGUGUGAGGAAGGUAUUAUACGUUGUAGAUGCAGUCAACUUAACGCAGUUGGGAGAAGCCACAUUACUGCUGAUGGAUUUGUUAGCACACCCAAAGUUGAAGGCAGCACAGCCAGGAGGAUUUUCACGCUCGGUGGUGGUGAAGGAGUGGGCUGCUCGCCACUGUUUUGUGUCUGUUCCCCGCCACUGGGCAGGCAUGGCUCUUCCUGCCCCGACUCCAACCUUUUGCUUAGAAGCUUCAAAGGGGCAGACUGUCAUGCUGUCAUGGGCAGGGGAUAUACAUAACCCAAGUAUAGGCAAUGAGAGCACAGUAUUGGUGAGCAGAGAAGUGUUGAAAGAUUGUGGUAUAAAUGAUGGAGAAGAUGGUGUGUUAACUCAGGUUCAGGUACCACCACCUUGCACAACAAUUACUGUUGUCGUUGGGUCCUUAACACAGUGGCAAGACUUGGCGCUUAAUGCAGAAGUUGCUCCAUCUGCAAUAUUGAGCCAGGUACGUGUGAUAGGUGUAGGGCAAAGUGUUCCCCUGUGGCUGGAGGGUGGAGCUUGUGUCUUUCUCACUGUCACCAGUCUUGAUCCUCCUCUCAAGUUUGGUGUUCUUCAGCCCAUGACCCAGGUGGAAGUUCUCCCACCCGUAGAAACUGAUGGAUCUCACGAUUAUACUUCAAUUAACUUUACGCCAACAGCUGUAGAAUCUUUAGUAAAUAGCGAAAUUAUGAACAUUGAUCAUGGAGAAGAUUGGAAUUGGUGUAAUAAACCAAAUGUAGUAAAUGAAGAUAAAAAAAAAAAUCAGGGACGCAAUAACUGUGAAGAAAACAUGUAUUCAAUGGUACUGAGCUAUAUGUGUAAUAAACUAAAUGAACAGAAAGCAAAGAGUGAAUGUCCAGUAAAGAGAGACAUUCGUUUGGGUUAUAGAGUUGUUCCUAUGCCAGACGAACAGGACUCAUUGCCCGGUGAAAGUCUUCCUAGUCAUCCAUCAUUAAUCAUCAUCAGCAGGGAAAGUCUGCUGUACACUAGUUACAAGAAUGAAAUUAACUUUAUAGGUUGUCUGAAGAAAAUUAAUUCCCCAAAAGAAAUUAGUGAAAACUCAAGUGCUUUAAGAGAGGAAAGUAAAUCAAGUGAAAAAAAGAAACAAGACGUUACUGUAAGGGAUGACUUGCACACUACUUACCUGUGCACAGUUAUUGUCUGGGAAAAUUUUCUUAAAGAAAGGAAUGAAAAUAUAGAUUUUGUUGAAAAGAUGAAAAAGAUAAUGAAAAGAAACAUCUGCGUUGUUCCUAAUUGUUUAAGACGACUUAUGAAACUCAGUACCUUAAGUGUUAUUGAAUUGCAGACGUCAGAAUUUAAGUUCAAGACUGUACCUGUAUCCGUAGAUAUAUUACCUCUUACACCAGUAAGUGAUUCCAAGACAAAGCUACUCAGUGAAAGUGUCAAGAACCUUUUGAAGAAUUUAACAGAUGAAACCCCAGUUAUUAUUAAUCAGAAUACGUUGUUAGAAGUUGAUUUAAAUGGCAAAACGAUUGAUGUGUUUAUUACUACAAGGGAUGGUGUUCCUCUCAUGCUUACCAACAGAUCAGUAGUGCUUCUGGAAAUUACACUCUUGAGACACCAUUCAAAUCUUCCAUAUAUUAGCAGUACAAUUAGUGAUCUAAAUAAGACUUUUCUUUCAAAAUUUUCCUAUUUUGGAGAAGCUGAUGUCUUUUUAAAGUUAAAGCAACAUGUCUUGCUUGGACAAGGUUUCCUAACAGAUUGUUGUCAUGCUGUUCCUCAGUUUGCCCUUUUACAUGGUAGUAAAGGUUUAGGAAAAACCAGCUUGGUUGAAUCACUAGUUGAAUGUCUUUCAUCAUAUCCCUACUAUAUUCAUAGUGAUAUUGUCAGUUUUAAGCAGCUGAAAGGAAAGAAAAUGGAAACAAUUGAGAAAAAACUGCAGCUCGUUUUCAGAGAAGCCAUCUUCAAGAAACCCUCCAUUAUUGUUUUAGAUGAUAUGGAUCACUUGGUGCCUUCACAGGGGCUACUAGAGCAGGACUCUGGACCUGUUUAUGAACACACAAUGCAGAUGGUCAGUAUGCUCAAAGGGCUCCUGGAUCAACUUAUAGAAUUUUUCAGUGAUGAAGACUCCCCUCUUCACUUAGAGAACCCAAACACUGGUACUGUGAUGGUGAUUGCAACUUGUAUAACAAGAACAAGUGUUCAUCCUCUUCUAGUAAGCCCUCAAGGGUGUCAUUAUUUUCCCUGUACUUUUGGAAUUCGUCCAUUAAACCCAGAAGAUAGAAUAAUGGCUUUCAAUAAUAUGCUCAAAGCUCAUAUAAAAAUGUACAAACUCCGUGAAAGAUUAUUGUCAGAAGACCACGGUAAAGAUUCUCUACAAGAUACCGACGCUGAUCAGACCUGUGAGCCGGAUAAGGAUUCGUGUUCCCAGUAUAUUCAACUAGACGCCAAGGUGAUAACCAGGCGAACAGAAAGCUUUGUUCUUCCAGAUCUGAAUCACCUUGCUUUGAGGACUUUCUUACAAGCAAAGCAUCGGUGGGAAUGUAAGGUGAAUUUAAGAGAUGGUAAUUUUAAAAACAAGAAGAAAGGACAUGAACAAAAUAGAGUGCUCUUUCUUCCUAGCUCUUCCAAUGUGAUUGAUUAUAGUGUUGAGACUUCUGGGCCAGACUCAGAUGCUAUCCUGACCUGUGAUGUGGAGGCUGCCCUUGAAGGAUACACACAUUUGGCUCUUAGAGGUUUAACAUUAUCAGAAAAGAAAAAUGCUGCAAAUGUCCGAGUUGGUGGCCUAGCAGAGGCAAGCAGGACACUGGAGGAGACUCUAACCUGGCCAUCCAUGUAUCCAAACCUGUUUAGCAAGGUCAAGUUGAGGCUGCGCUCUGGAGUGUUGCUCUAUGGUCCCCCUGGUUGUGGCAAAACACUUUUAGCAAACUCAGUCACUUCCAAUUGCCAGCUCAAUUUUAUUUCUGUAAAGGGACCAGAACUUCUGUCAAAAUAUAUUGGUGCAAGUGAGGAAGCUGUCAGAGAUGCUUUUGAGAGAGCCUCAAGUGCCAAGCCGUGUGUCCUCUUCUUCGAUGAGUUUGAGUCUAUUGCACCACGGCGUGGACAUGACAGUACUGGAGUGACAGACCGAGUUGUGAAUCAGUUACUUACACAAAUGGAUGGUGUUGAAGGGCUCACUGGUGUUUACAUUCUAGCUGCCACCUCAAGGCCUGACCUUAUUGAUCCAGCACUGCUUCGUCCAGGUCGCCUGGACAAAUGUGUGUUUUGUCCCAUUCCAUCUUUGAGUGACAGAGAAGAGAUUCUCCAGGUCCUUAGUGAUGACAUAGACCUUGGUGAAGAUAUAGAUUGGGGAGAGGUUGCUCAUGUCACUGAAAAUUUUACUGGUGCUGAUCUCCAGAGUCUUCUGUCUACUGCACAAGUUCUAGUUGCACAGGAAGCACUUGGGGAUACUUUAUAUGAGGGUGUUAUUCCUAAUGACCAACUUCAAGAAAAACAGCAACUGUCUAAUACUGUAAGCUCAGUUAAUGAACAAACUGAGGUAAUAGAAAGAACCUCUUCUCUUGAACUUAGUAAUGAAGAAAAUGUGGUUCAUGGACUUGGCAGUGAUAGAUAUUUGUCACACACUGUACAAGAAGAGGUAAUAAUUGAAAAGGAAAGAGAAAAAGUGACGUUUAGCCAAAAAGUAGUCAACCUUCAAGAGAAUGAUGAAUUAGAUAUAAAAAACAAGGAUGAAUACCAAGAAAAUGAAGUUGUACAAGUUAUUGACCCACCAGAAUAUACUGAUGGAUCAUCACAAAGCAAUGUUUGUUGUAGUAAACGAUCAGAGAACCUAGAAUUCAAAGUGUUCAAAAGACAUAUUAAUGCUGCGUUAAAAGAAGUGAAGCCUUCUGUCUCACUGUCAGACCGCCUAAGAUACGAACAAUUAUAUGCAACAUUUACCAAAUCUAAAGGUGGAAACUUUGGACAACCAUCUCCAGGCAAGAGGGCUACACUAGCUUAAGUGGGACAGAAUUGAAUAUUUAAUUAUUUUCACAUGUUUAUUGUUGAUCACUUAUAACUACAGUUGAGAAAUAUAUUGGAGACAUAUUGAAAAAAUUUUUAUUUUGGGGGGGAAGUAGAUUCCCUCUUCUAACAGUAGUGAUUACACUUAUGUUUUGGUGAGAUUUAAUCUUAUAACAAGCAAAAUUAAAUCCUGUAUGAUGGACAUGUAAUGAAAAUUAGGCUGCUGUUUGUUAAGUACUUAAUGGUAGUGUUACUUUGUGGGUACUGUAUAGGGUAUUGCAGGGUAAGUAAACAAACUGAUAAUUCCUCUUUUUUAUGCUGGUAUUGUGUUAGAGCCUUAAAAAAUUAUCUAAGAUUA